AUGGACAUCCCUGGCGAGACACCCUCUCCGCAAGGGAUGCCCAUGCCGGGCUUGGCCGGCAUGUCUGGACCUGGGCCCGACCCCCAACAUAUGGGCCACCAACAGUUGCAACAGAACCAACUUCAACAACAACAACAACAACAACAACAACAGCACAGCCUGUUGCCGCAAAUGUCGGCCGCCGACGCCGCCGUCGUCAACAAACUGACGCGCGGCCACUCGUGCGUGCUGUGCCAGCAGCGCAAGGUGCGGUGCGACAAGAACAAGCCGUGCGCCAACUGCGUCAAGGCGCAAGUGGAGUGCCGCGUUGUCCCGCCGCAGCCGCCGCGCCGCCGCAAGAAGAAGCCGCACGAGCGCGAGCUGGUCGAGCGCCUGCGCAAGUACGAGGCGCUGCUGGCCCAGCACGGCGUGUCCUUUGACCCCGUGUACGACGCACAUGCAUCGGCACAUGCCUCGCACGGGUCCCAUGGCGGCCAUGGCGGCCAUGGCGGCCACCACUCGACGAUUGACGAGGUCGACGAGCUGCAGAACGACCUGGUCGGGCUCAAGACGUCGCCGUCGUCGAGCAACCAGGAGUACUCGUCCGAGGCCAAUGCGGCCACGGCCGAGCGCCUCAAGUGGUCGUACCGCUCGUCCAACGAGGACACGCUGCGGGACGACGACGACUCGUCCGACGACGAGCUCGAGGGCUCCACCAUCCACCACGCCUUUGACAGCAUGUUUGACAACCAAGACGGCUUUCCCUUUGUCAUUGGCGGCCAGACGACCAAGGUGACGGACCACCACCCGCCCGGCAUCCAAAUCUUCCAGCUGUGGCAGAUCUACCUGACCAACGUCAACCCUCUGCUCAAGGUCACACACACACAGACGCUGCAAGCGCAGAUCAUUGAGGCGGGCGCCAACGUGGCCAAGAUCCCGCGGCCGCUCGAGGCGCUCAUGUUUUCCAUCUACUUUAUAGCCAUUACGUCGAUGAGCGAGGAGGACGUGCAGAGCACGUUUGACGAGGAGAAGGCGCGCCUGCUGUCGCGGUACCACCGCGCCGCGCAGCAGGCGCUCAUCAACGCCGGCUUCAUGCGCAGCCCCGACCUCGUCGUGCUGCAGGCGUACUUCCUCUACCUAAUUUGCGUGCGCCAGUACGUCGACCCGCGCUCGCUCUUCUGUCUGAUUGGCAUUGCUGUGCGCAUCGCCCAGCGCCUGGGCCUGCACCGCGACGGCACCCAGUUCGGCCUGCCGCCCUUUGAGGUCGAGCUGCGCCGCCGCCUGUGGUGGCAGAUUGUCGUCUUCGACAAGCGCAUCGCCGAGAUCACCGGCUCCACCAUCACGGCCCUCUCGUCGAGCCACGCCGACACCAAGUUUCCCCUCAACAUCAACGACACCGACCUGCACCUGCACGCCAAGGACGCGCCCACGCCCUAUGUCGGCCCCACCGAAAUGCUCUUUUGCCUCACCCGCGUCGAGAUGUGCACCGCCGCCGGAUCGCCCGACAGCGGACCGCCCCAUGCGGCGGCGGGCGGCGCGGCUAACCCUGCCACCACCACGACCGGCACUAACAACAGCAGCAACAACAGCAACAAUGCUGGUGGUGGUGGUGGUGGUGGUGGUGGUGGUGGUAGCGGCUCCGGCAGCAACAGCAACGCCAGCGGCGGCUCGCCCGCCUCCGCGCCGUCGGCACAAGCGUCCGGCGGGGGCAACCCGUCGUCUUCCGCGGCAGGCGCGACUGGCGCCAACAACGCGGCCGCUCCUUCCACCAACCCAGCCCCACCGCCGGGUAGUGCCGCCGCUACGGUUGCCGCCGCGACCCGCAAGUUCCACUACUCGCCGAGCCCCAGCUCGCCCGACGUCGUCACCCACAUUGUCAACCAGACGCUGCCCAGCGACCCCGAGAGCUACUACAAUUACAUUGAAAACACGUACCUCAAGUCCUGCGACCCCAAGAUCCCCAUGCACUUCUUCACGCUCAUGAUGACCCGCCAGGCCCUCUCGAAAAUGCGCGUCAUCAACUUUUUGGCCCGCAAUGGGCCGGCCGCCGCCGCCGCCGCCGCUGCCGCUGCCGCUGCUGCCAACAACAACGGCAGCGGCGCCUCCGGCUCGCCGUCGUCCAACGACGCCGCCACACCCAUGAACAGCAGCCACAGCCAAGGCGGAUUCAGCCCGAUGGGCGGGAUGAGCAGCUUUGGCGGUGGACCGGGCGGCAUGGGCGGUGGUCUGGGCGGCGGCAUGAUGGGCGGUGACAUGGAUGACAUGAUGGGCGGCAUGGGCGGCGGCAUGGGCAACAUGAUGGGCGGCAUGAUGGGCGGAAUGGGGGGGGUGAUGGGUGGCAUGAUGGGCGGCAUGGGCGGCAUGGGCGGCAUGAUGGGCGGCAUGGGUGGCAUGAUGGGAGGGAUGGGUGGCAUGGGCGGGAUGAUGAUGGGUGGCGGCGGCGGCGGCGGCGGCGGUGGAGGUCCGGGUGGCAUGAUGAUGGGCGGCGGCAUGGGUCCGCCCACGACUGCCUACGGUCCGCCGCCGCCACCUUCGCACACGCAGACCCAUCUGGUCCCGCCGGCCCCUCUUCCGCCGGCGCCGGCGCCGCCCGUCGUCGACGACGCCGAGCGCGACACGCUGUUCAUCGAGGCGAUCAACAUGGUCGAGUACGACAACAUCAUGCAGAGCGCCGACAGCCUGCGCGGGUUCGCCUGGUACACGUACAUGCACUUCCCCUUCCCCGCGUACAUGUUCAUCGUCAUUGAGCUGCGCACGCGCAAGUCGGGCGACCUCGUCGAGCGCGCGUGGGCCGCCAUCACCGAGAACCACGACCGCCGCGGGCUCAUCCGCAACCUGCGCAGCCCCAUCCACGUGGCCUUUGGCGGGCUGUUUAUCAAGGCAUGGGACGCGCACGAGGCGGCCGAGGCGCAGGCGGGCCGCACGCGCACGGCGCCCAAGUUCAUCCAGCUGCUGCGGCAGACGAUGCCCAAGAUCAACGCCAGCAUCGCACAGCAGCAUCAGCAUCAGCAUCAGCAUCAGCAUCAGCAGCAGCAGCAGCAGCAACAAGGAGUGGUGGGGGCACUUGGAGGUGCUUCUGGUGCGCCGCCGCAACGGCCGCUGCCGACAACGAGCAACAGCAGCAACAACAUUGGGAGCGUCGGUAGCCGAACCGAGGAGGAGAUUGUUAUGGAGGAGCCGCACCAAGUACACGGACCCGUCUACGCGCAGCCCACCGGCGCCACACAGACGCCCGGUGGUGGCGCGGGCGGAGGAGGACAAGGCAGCGGAGGAGGACCGGGCGGACCAGGUGGACCAGGUGGACAGGGCCAGGGAGGAGGCGGACAAGGACAAGGCCAGGGUGGCAGCGGGCAGUACUUUGACGGCCUCGGCACGCCCCAAAUCAUCGGCGGGGUCAGCAUGCCCGACACAAUGGACUUUGGCCCGAUGGACUGGAGCUUCUUUAUGCAGAACGAGUACAACAGCAGCGGAAAUGGUGGCGGCGGUGGAGGGGGCGCCGGCCAAGGUGGUGGCCCGAGCCCGGGAUCCAACCCCAACGGAGCCGGACCUGGGUCCGUUGGACGUGUUGGUCCUGGCAAUGGCGGCCCCGGGGGCGGGCCAGGCAAUCCCGGCGGGCCAGGCCCAGGCGGCCAGGGCGGUGGCAGCAGCUAUGCGAGCAUGUACGGGCAGCCAGGCCACGGUGGUUAG